GGCCGGCAGCUGCUGCUGGCAGAGCCGGAGCGCUCGUUUCCUGCUCGCUGUCGCCCGGCUGCGCCCAGCUCCGGUCCCUCCCCACGCCCCGGUCCGUGCCUCAGUUUCCCCCUCCGAGGGGCUGUGGAGGUACCCACUGCAUGGAGGAAGUCACUUACUGCUGCCACAGCCCUCCCCAUCCCCUCCCCUGAAGCCACCGUGGCUCUCUGGGUGCAGCAUCCAAGGACAGUUCUGUCAGCUGCUGCCACAAAGUGCACCCAUUCUGACAGUGCCAUCACCACCCACCAGCACCCGCAGCUGGGAAACCUGGCACUGAGACACCAGGCUUCAGGGUGACACGGGAUGAGUGUGCCGGCCGACGAGCCGGGCAACCCGGCCCAUGCCAUCUUUGAGAGGUUCCUGCGUGCCGGGGAGUGCCGGGAGGUGCUGGGCUGCUUCGUGGAGCUGUGCCAGCAGCUGGGGCUGCAGGGCAGUGGGCUGCAGCUCUACCACGGCCUCAAGGCUGCCCUCAACUACUGGAAUGCCAAGGCUUUGUGGAGCAAGCUGGAUAAGAAAGCUGGGCACAAGGACUACGACCAGGGCACAGCCUGUGCUGGCACCAAGUGCCUGGUGGUGGGCGCUGGCCCCUGCGGGCUGCGGGCGGCCAUCGAGCUGGCGCUGCUGGGUGCUCGAGUGGUGCUGCUGGAGAAACGCGACUCCUUCUCCCGCAACAACGUCCUGCACCUCUGGCCCUUCACCAUCCACGACCUGAGGGCUCUGGGCGCCAAGAAGUUCUACGGGCGCUUCUGCACUGGCACGCUGGACCACAUCAGUAUCCGGCAGCUCCAGCUGAUCCUGCUGAAGGUGGCUUUGCUCCUGGGGGUGGAGGUGCACAUCAAUGUGAAGUUCGAGGGCCUUGUUCCCCCCACGCACAAGGCAGGUGGCUGGCAGGCUGUGCUGCAGCCCAGUUCCUCUCCCCUCACCCACUACGAGUUCGACAUCCUCAUCUCAGCUGGCGGCGGCAAAUUUGUCCCUGAAGGGUUCAAGCGGAAGGAGACGCGUGGGAAGUUGGCCAUUGGCAUCACCACCAACUUCAUCAACCGCCACAGCCGGGCUGAGGUGGAGGUGGCUGAGAUCAGCGGCGUGGCCCGAAUCUACAACCAGAAGUUCUUCCAGAACCUCUACAACAAAACAGGCAUUGACCUGGAGAACAUCGUGUACUACAAGGAUGACACUCACUAUUUCGUGAUGACGGCCAAGAAGCAGAGCCUGCUCAAGAAGGGGGUCAUCCUCCAGGACAAAGCAGACAUCGAGAGCCUCCUGUCCCCGGAGAAUGUGAACUGGGACGCUCUCCUUAGCUAUGCCAAAGAAGCUGCCAACUUCUCCACCAACUACUGCCUGCCCGAGCUGGAGUUUGCCCUCAACCACCGGGACCUGCCGGAUGUUGACAUGUUUGACUUCACCUGCAUGACGCGCUCGGAGAACGCGGCGCUGGUGCGGGAGCACAACGGGAGCCGCCUGCUCCUGGGGCUGGUGGGCGACUGCUUGGUGGAGCCCUUCUGGCCACUGGGCACCGGGGUGGCCAGGGGCUUCCUCGCUGCCUUCGACGCAGCGUGGAUGGUGCGGCGGUGGGCGGCUGGGACCCCCCCUCUGGAGGUGCUGGCUGAGAGGGAGAGCAUCUACCAGCACCUUUCGCAGACAUCCCCAGACAACACCAACAAGAACAUCAGUCAGUACAGCAUCGACCCGGCCACGCGCUACCCCAACAUCAACCUGCAGGCCAUCAAAGCCAGCCAGGUCAGGGACCUCUACCUCGUGGGCACAGUGGAGGUGGACUCCAAGAGGAAGAGUGACAACCGGCUCAGCAUUGCAGCCCCUGGAGCUGUCUCUGAAGAGCUGCUGAGCUGGUGCCAGGCCAGCACAGCUGGAUACCCUGGCGUGGCUGUGACCAACUUCAGCACCUCCUGGACCAGUGGCUUGGCCCUCUGCGCCCUCAUCCACCACUUCCGCCCGGACCUGGUGGACUUUGACUCAGUGGACUCCCAGGAUGCCAUUCAGACCAACCAGAUUAUGCUGGACAUAGCAGAGCAGGAGCUGGGCAUCCAGCCUGUCCUCUCCAGUGUUGAGAUGGCCACCAUGACAGAGCCUGACCGCCUGGACCUCAUCACCUACCUCAGCCACUUCUAUCAAGUUUUCAGGACCUCUCCAGAGGUGGAGGUCAGCAAGAAGCCACUGUCUCCCUGUGGCACACGAGGGGCCCUCCUCUUCCUCAGCAAGCUGCAGAAGAGCCGGAACCUGGCACACAAACGUGCCCAGGACAGUGCCCAGAAGGACACUGAGGCCAAGAAGAGCCGCAGGGACACUGAGCUGGACACGGGGCUGGAUGGAGACACUCCGGACAGUGCCCACGAGCCGCUGCAAAGCAUCGUGAUGGAGCCAGGGCAGCCCCCGAGGGAGAGGACAGGGGAGAACAGUGACGCCUGCUACUUCUGCGGCUGCCGUGUGUACAUCCUGGAGCGAGCCAGCGCCGAGGGACGCUUCUUCCACCGCGGCUGCUUCCAGUGCCGGCGCUGCGGGGCCACCCUGCGCCUGGGCGACUACGCCUUCGACGAGGAGGAUGGUCAUUUUUACUGCUCGCUGCACUAUCCCCACCCACCCAGCAUGGACCUGGCCCGGGAUGAGGCUUCAGCACUGCCUGAUGGGGAUGCUGCUGCUGCUGCCCACCCACCCACAGAUGCUGGAAGCUCAUGUGUGUCCCCCAUGGAGUCAGCACCCACUCCACUUCAGCCCACUCCAGCAGCCCCACAGGCAGGGGAAGAGCCCGGGGAAGUUGAGGACACUGCAGAUUCUGGUGAUGUGGAGGAGCAGGAGCCGCUGGCACAGCCUGGGGGGGAUGUGAGGGAAGAGGAGGUUCCCAGAGCAGAGCCCCAGCAGACAGCAGAGGAGGGUGAGGAGACUGGGGGCAGGAGGAAGAUCAUCCUCACACCACUGGAGAAGCUCAGUCUGUCCACGCUGAACCUCACCAGUGAAGCAGAGCCCGAGCCUCCACUGAAGCCACCUCGUCUGCGGCCCCAAGCAGCACCUGAGGCCCUCCCUGCCCGGCGGCAGGGACACGGCGCCUGCCAGGAGGAGGAGGAGGAGGAGGAGGAGGAGGAGGAGGAGAAAAUUGACACACAGAAAGAUUUGGAGGAGAGUGACAGUGAGGAGGAGGAAGAGGAGGAGGAGGAGGAGGAGGAGGAGGAGGAGGAGAAAGAAGAGGAGGAAUGCACAGGCCUUGGCAUUGUGAAAGAGUUGUACCCAGACCUCAGGGAAGAGGAGAAAUACCCCACCUGGAAGCGCACAUUGGCCCGCCGGGCCAGGGAAUCCCAGAUGAAGAGGUUCUGCAGAGCCCAGGCCAUCCAGAGGCGGCUGGAGGAGAUCGAGGUGACAUUCCGGGAACUGGAGCAGCAGGGCAUCAAGCUGGAGAAGUUACUCCGGGAUGAGAAUGAGAGCCCAGCUGACCAGCAGACACAGUGGACAAACCAGCUGCUGUACCUGGUGCAGAAGAAGAACAAUCUGAUGACCGAGGAGUCGGACCUCAUGAUCGCGGUGCAGGAACUGAAGCUAGAGGAGCAGCAGUGUCAGCUUGAUGAAAAGCUCCGGAGUUACAUGAACAAGGAGGAUACCCUGAAGACACCUGAGGAUGAGAAGGCUGAGCAGGAGAUCCUGAAGCAGCUGGUGGAGGUGGUGAAUAAGCGGAACAUCCUCAUCCAGUUGCAGGAGGAGAAGCGGCUCAGCGAGCUGCAGGCUUGAUCUGCACAGCCCCUGGAGCCUCUGGAUCCUCCCCAGGGACAAGCAGAGUGUGUGUGUGUGUGUGUGUGUGUGUGUGUGUGUGUGUGUGUGUGUGAGUCCUGGGCUGAGCACCACUCUGAGCUACCUCUGGAGGUGGCAAUGCCCCAGCUGCCUGCAGGUGCCAGCAGCUGCCACAGCAAAUCCAGCUCCCUGCUUGCCAAAGCUUGUCAUGGAGGAGCCAGACUCACUGGUGGAUGCCCACAUGAGGAGACACCGAGGAGCAUUCAGCUUUGGGGUGCUGAGAGGACAUUCCUGUGCGUGCCUGGAUUGCCUUUGCCUUGUGCUUGAUGGAAAACAAGACUCACAGGGGACUGCAAAAGGGGGCUGUGGUGGCUCCCAGCAGCAAGGAGGUGACUGGCCACCACAGGCAGGCCACAGGACAGAUGCCAUGUGUGCAGGGGCACCUUCAGGAAUGAUCCCUUAAAGCCACCUUGGGACAUCCUUCCCAGCUGAGGGCAUCCAUCCCAGCCUGGACUGUCCAUCUCAAGGGACAUCUGGCUGUACAAGCUGGGGCCAGUAACAGACAGACUGGGCUGAUCCAGCCACUCUGCACCAUUGCUUUUGGAUGCCACAUCCACACUGUGCCCAGCUGCUGCAGGGAACCAGGGUAAGAACCCUACCAUGAGUCCCUUGGGCCAGGGAAGGGCUUUCUGUCCAGUAGAUCCUAUGGGUAUUGUGCUCAGGGCCAGCACUCUAACACUGGGGGCAAGGGACACCAGUGGCUGUGCUCUCCUUGCCCCUUUGGGAUUUCUUCUGCUUGGAAAUGCCACACUGGCCUUUGCACAGACCUCAGACACCCCUAGAGUCCCUGGCUGUUGCAAGGUGGCCUCAGUGACCAAAUGGUGCUCAUGGCAGCCCCAGUGUGUUGGGAUGGGAGUCCCAGGCGUAGGCUCCUGUCUUAGAAGCACCACCCUGUGCUCAGCCCUCAUCCUGCCAUUCCCCUCAGCACCUCCUCCAGCCCUUCCUGUGUUUGUACCAGUCCUACAAUCCUGCUGCAAGCCCCCUCCCUUCAAAUAAAGCCCCCCAGACCCAGUGACAAAGGUUAAAAUACCAUCUUUAUUUUCCAUCAGAGCCAGGACUGCUUGCCAGAACAGCCACCAGUGUUAACUUUGAGGCCACCCCAGGCAAGGGGAGCCUCAGCGUCUCAGGCCUUCCAGCCAGGCCAGUGGGUCCCUCCAUGUACAAAAGAGUGUAUUUAAAAAGACAGCAAUAAAAAUCUGCCUCCAU